GUUGGAGGCGGCUGUUUGUCUUUGGGAAAGGGAGGAGGGAGAGGAGGCGGAAGGGAAGCAAGGAAAGACCCGGAUGAAGCCGUUGCUGCUGCUGCUGCUGCUGUUGUUGUGAGGAGGCGGAGAGGGCCGGGCGAGGGAGCCGCCGCCGUCGUCGUCGUCGCGGCGCUUGCUGGCGUUGAGGAGGCCGCCCUCGCGAUGGAGCCGCCGCCGGCGGCGGAGGCAUCCGCGGCGCCGCCACCCGCAACGCCGCCGUCUGCAUCCUGUUCCUCGGGGGCGGCGUGAGGCGGGUCCGUGGGGCGACGAUGCUUCCCGCGGUGUACGGUCUGCUGCUGUCGGCGCUGCUGGGCUCCUUCCUGACCCUCCUCCUCCAGCUGCUGCUCUUCUACCGCAGGAGCCCCGAGCCCCCCGAGGGCUCCCUCCGGGGAGAGGGCCCCGGCGCCUUCAGCGCCCGCGUGGUCCCGGACUCCAGCCUCAGGGAGUACUUCGCUGGCUUCCUCGGCUCCCAGGAGGCCCCUGAAGGCUCCCCGCAACAGACCCCUUCCAGGGGCGAGCAGCAGGCGCCCAGGCAGCAGCAGCCUCCGCCUCAGGACUCUUUCUCCUCGGUGGCGUGCACUGAGGAGACCCUGUACUGGCUGAACGCCAUCUGCUUCUUCCUCUUCCGGGAGCUGAAGGACACCUCCUACAUCCGGCACUGGGUUACCCGCAAGAUCAAGGUGGAGUUUGAGGAGCUGCUCCAGGCCAAGGUGACCGGGAAGGUCCUUGAAGGGCUCAGCCUCCGCGACGUGGCCUUUGGCAACGUCAUCCCGCUUUUCAAGAACAUCAAGCUCCUCCGCCCAGUCAUCUGCAGCGAGGAAGGCUGCCCCGAGGAGCUGGACUUCGAGCUUGACGUCGAGUACGAAGGAGGCUUCCACCUGGCCAUCGACGCUGACCUUGUCUUUGGCAAGUCAGCCUACCUCUUCGCCAAGAUCGCCCGGUUGGCAGGACGGCUGAGGCUGGUCUUCACCCGCCUGCCCUUCACCCACUGGUCCUUCAGCUUCGUUGACGAGCCCCUAAUUGACCUGGAGGUCAGGUCGCAAUUCGAAGGGCGACCCCUGCCUCAGCUCACCUCCAUCAUUGUGGGACAGUUCAAGAAAGUGAUCAAGCGCAAACAUACUUUACCUCACUAUAAAAUCAGGUUCAAGCCGUUUUUUCCAUUUCAAGUUGUGCCCCCUGAAGAAUAUAGAGAUCGUGGCCUCAAUAUACAAGAUUUUUCAUUAACAGAAGGACGGUUGAAAGUUUCUUUAAUAGAAUGUACAAGAUUACUUAUUUUUGGAUCCUAUGAGAGGGAAGUAACUAUUCAUUGCACAUUUGAACUGAGUGAGAAUGUUUGGGAAGAAAAACAAAGAAGUUUUAUCAAGACGGUAGAACUAAUAAAAGGAAAUUCACCAAGUGUUGGACUUGCUCUCCGUCAAGUACAAGCUAAGGAAGGGGAAUCGGGCCAUGUAGUUGUGGAGACUGUCACACCAAACUCAGCUGCUGCAGUUGCUGAUCUUCAGCGGGGGGAUAGGCUUAUUGCUAUUGGCGGAGUUAGAAUUACAUCAACAGUACAAGUGCUAAAGCUCAUCAGACAAGCUGGUGAGAGAGUCGUAGUAUAUUAUGAGAGACCCGUUGGAAUACAAGAUAGUCUUGGACAGAUGGAUGAGUCAGUGUUUCCAGAUGAUGUCACCUUAACGGAAGCUGAGAUCAAAGAAAUUGAUAUGGAAUUUGAGGACUUGGCCAAUGAACUAAAGUCAAGUGAAUUUAGAGAAGAUAUUUCAACAAGCCCCAAGCAUACAUCAGUGUCACUUGCUGCUAAACCGCCUGGAACUAUAUCACCAAUAUUAAAUCGCAAAUAUUUAGGAAGUCAUCAGUCAUCUGCAAGGGCACUUUUCAAAGAGGCAGCCAAGCAAGUAGUACUCAGAAAUGCUGAAAAUCUCGAUUCAGCUCAGCAAACAAACAAACUGACACAGGCAAAUUCAAAUAAGCCUCCUGUACCACCCAGGCCACAGCUUAAAAUUACACCACUUCCUAAUGACAUUCAGAAUAAAUCAGAAUCUAGUGACUCAUCUUCAGAAAAACUAGACAGGCUGGCAUCUCCUCCAAAUAAUGGAGAUAGAAAUUCAGAAAAGUUAAUAAAAAAUAGUGAUGUAGGAGAAGAAUCUGUAGGCUCUAAACCAAUUACAAACAAGCCUGAAAUGGUAAAGGAACCUCCAGAAUCCUCACAGAAUUCAAAAGUAGGUACAAACAAACCUAUAUCAAACAAAGUAGAGACAAUAAAAGAAUCUUCAGAUGUUUUACAGAGUUCUAAAGCAUCUAUAAACAAAUUAGGUACAAGUAGAUUAGAAAUAACAAGGGCGCCAUCAGAGUCUUCACAAUGUGCACAGAGUUCUAGGUCAACUAUAGUGAACCAUCAUUCAUGGGAAUCGCCAGAAAUCCUGUAUCGCAAUCGAUUAGGUAAAUGGGCAAGAACAAAAACCUCUUCUUUCAUAUUUGAAGUAGAGAAAGAACAUAAAUACCUAAAUGUUGCUAUUUGGUGUAGAGACCCUUUCAAGCUAGGGGGACUUCUCUGUUUAGGAUAUGAAAGUAUAAAACUUGAAGAAAUAGCUUUAGAUUGUAUAGCCACAUCCUCCAUGGAAUUCAUCAGACAAUUUAGAUUAAAGCCUCCUGCACCAAAAGCUGCAGUAAGUAGAACUGCAUUGCGUACUUUGAUCUCCCACAAAGGUUUCAAUGAAGAUUUUUGUUAUGGUGAUAUCACUAUACAUUUUAAAUACUUAAAAGAGGGUGAACCAGAAGAUUCAAGUUUUUUGAUGGAAAAGGAAAAAGAAUAUAUUUCAGAAGUCUCAGCAACUCCUAUUUUUCCAAAAGAGGACCCUUAUUUUGGACAAAUUAUUUACACUGAAAACAAACAUAAUUUCCAAGACACACAGUUUCAGAAUCCAACUUGGUGUGACUACUGCAAAAAGAAAGUUUGGACAAAAGCAGCAUCACAGUGUGUAGUUUGUGCAUAUGUUUGCCACAAAAAAUGUCAAGAAAAAUGCCUAACCGAUGCCCCAAAUUGUUUAGGAGCUACUAGAAGGCUUGAGCGUGCCCUACAUUCUUUUAAAUUAGAAAGCCAGGAAUCUCAGAGCACAACAGCAACUCGUGUUGAUUCAGAAUUGAAAUCUGCAAACAAAACAACUGGUUUAACAAGACACAUAAUCAACACUAGCACCCGCUUAUUAAAUCUUCGUCAGGUUCCUAAAGUUCGUGUCAGUGAUCAAGGGUCUGAUGCAGUGGAACCUUCACCAAAGCACACACCACAUCCUUCUGAUAAUGAAGGUAGUGACACAGAAAUUGGUGGUCCAAGUAGCCCUUCAAAGACUGCAUCUGGCACAUCGAUAAAGUUAGCAAGGAAGGAAGGAGGACUUGAUGACAGUGUCUUUAUUGCUGUUAAAGAGAUAGGCCGAGAUCUUUACAGAAGUUUGCCUACAGAUGAAAGAAUCCAGAAAUUAGAGGUUAUGUUGGAAAAACUGCAAAAUGAAAUAGAUCAGGAAUUGGAAAACAAUAAUUCUCUAAUUAGGGAAAAGAAAGAAACAACAGAUGCAAGGAAAAAAAUGGUCUUGUCUGCUGCAUUGGCUAAAUCAGGAGAACGACUUCAAGCCCUAACACUCCUUAUGAUUCAUUAUAAAGCAGGCAUUGAAGAUAUUGAAGCUUUGGAAAAUACCACUUUAGACCUGGAAUCUAGAAAAGAAGAUAAAGACGAAGAAGACAUCUUAAUGGAAGAAAUGGAUAAUGAAGAUGAUAAUGCUCUAGUUAUGGCACCCGUACUUGAAACUCUCCUAAAAGAAGAAGAAAGACUUGAAGCAGCUGAGGAAUCAGUUGACUGAUAUUGCACAUUUGGCCUUGAGAAGACGAACUGGGAGAAUACUUUGCACUUAAUCAAAACCACAUCAGAAACAUCAAAAUGUAAUUAAACACUGGUAUAAUGUAUACAGCUGCUCCUCCAAUUUAUUUUUAAGAAAACUGUAAGAAUAUGGUUAGAAUUCUAUUUCCAGGUAUUUAUUUACGAAGACACUGGUCCAGAGUGUGUUUAAAAAUAUUUGGGGGAUUUAUACUGGAAGAUUAUUUUUAAUUUAUUUUGGCUUUUUCUAAAGUUUCAUGUUAAUAUGAUGGUUUUCUUUUUGUUCCUUUUCAUUACUAAUUGUAUAUUUCUUCCGAGUUUUAUUUUAUACUUAAAUUAACACCAUCUUAGCAGCCAUAGCAGGACCAGGUUCUGGAAAUUUUGAUUGUCCCGUUAUUUAGCUCUUCAAUAUAGUUUGAGAGCAGAGAAGUGUGGGCUUCAGAUGGUUUCUGGGGUUUGUUUUUGCCAAUUAUGCAUCAUAGCCAAUAGUGUGGCUUUAUUUUCAAUAAUUUUAGUAAAGCUUUUUAUUACAUAUCAAAAUUCUUGCUUUCCAUAUUUUUUUCAUUCAUAGAUAUUGAAAUGUUUAUUAUGUUUGAAUACAUUUUUCUCCUUUGGACUUAGUUGAAUUUUCAGCUGAGAGGAAUAUCUAAAACAUAUUUAAUUUAAACUCUUAUAUGUCCCCUGAUAAAUCCUCAUCUUUCUUUUUCCUGAAAAACCAUGGGCAUUAAAUUUUGCCUAAACAAAGUUGUACCAGUGUUCCACAACAGUUUACUGGGGAUGUGCCAGCAAGAUUAUCUCAAUGUAACAAUUGAGCUUUCUAGCUUUAUAGAACAUAUCACUCUGUAAUGUAAUCCUGCUUAACUACCUGUUAGAGAGGUUGAAUUGUAGCCUUUUCUGUUUAAGCAUUGAUUUUGCCACAGAAACUACAACUGCAGAAUUUUAAUGCUUAGGUGGAUAAAAUUUAAAUAAAAUUUCUCAAAUGGUUUACUUUCCACUGGUUGUAAUGCCAUCAUGCAUAUUAAAACAGCAGUCAGAUGCUCAACAUUGUAAUAUAGCAUGUAGGUUUUUCCACUGGAUUUUGAAUCCCACAGGAACUACAGCAAACUUUGUCAGCUCUUUCUGAAAAGCCCCAACUAAUCUCUGAUGUGAGAGAUGUUAUUUUGGGGUCUCAAAUCUAUGUCUUAAAGCUUACUAGUCCGUAUUCAUAUGUUCAUGUUCAUCAUUCUGGGCACUGUGCUAUGAAAAUACCUUUGUAGAAAUUAAAGCUAGCAUAUCUAAAUCAUCUUUAAUUUGACUGACAAACAACAUUGCAUAUUAAUGUAACAAUGUGCUUUGCUAUAAUCAUUGUAGUAGAUACUCUCCCACAUUUUUAGCUUAAUAAUCUGCUCUCUUUUUUAAAGAAAGCAAAUAUAACCAAAUAAAUAAUUAUUGAAGUGAAAAUAUGGUCCAAACUUCAAAAAGUAUAUUUAUACACCUUUUCUUUAAAAAAAAUGCUUCAUCAUCUAAAUAUUUUAUAAACUGACCCCUGAAAGAAUUCAUCAGUUUGUUUUUGUGAAUUCUGUCUCUUUUCCCCCCAAUUUAUUUACCAGUAAGGAUGUUCUAGCGAUAAUUCUGUUUGUAUUUAGCUCGUGUCCAGAUACUCCCAUUCAACAUUUCCUAAUGAGAAACAACUGCAAAAAUAAUGAAGACAUUAGAUUUCUGAAAUAACUACUAACUGUUCUAUCAGUUAAUGAAAUGGGCAUAUAAAGUUGAGUAUCAGUACUCUUCUCUGAUGAUUGUAUAAUAUAAAUUAAAUGUAGUGCAAUAUUCUAAAUGUUGCGUGAGAAUGGUGGCAAAUUAAUUGUAUGGUAGCAACAAGGACAAACAGACAUAAUUAUAGUAAACACUGAUCUUGAGAAGCAAGCUGUAUUAAUACAUUCCUAUUAUAUUCUUUGCUUCUGUGCUUUACCACACAUAGAAAAUAAAAAUACCACUGAAAGCAAGAAUAUCUUCAUGUAGUGGUAUGUAACUACUUGACACUUGCACAUAUUUAUGGAAAUCUGCCUGAGAUGAUUGUCAGAUAUGAUUUUAUCAUGAGAACAAGCUUUAAUAAAACUUUUUUAAAAUAAAUUCUCAGCUUCUCUGUUACAAGCUGUUAGUCUCUGUAGGAUAUUUCCAUUAUGUAUCUGAAGGAAUGAUCUUAUCUCAUACAAGCAAAGAUAUAUUGACAUGUUUUGAAGUCAUGGCUUUGUGGAAGUUCUGUAGCGGAGGUGUAAGAGAACAUGCUUUGCCUGAAAAUUGUCCUUGGUACAUCCCCUGACAUUUUCAGAUAAAGGUAGGAAAGAUAUAUGUUUAAAAUCAUGAAGACUCCUACCAAGUCAUGUACAGUACUAACCUACAUGUACCAACUGUAUAGGAUGGCAUGUGUGUGUGCCUCUAAAUAGGUAAAUCUGUUAAGGAGCUUCAACAUACUGCAGAAUAUUUAAGGUAUGUUCGGUGUUUCGUCUGUUUUUGUGGGGCAUCACAACCAUCCACUAUGUACUGAGGCCAAGAACACUAUGCUCUUUGGUUAUUCUUUGGUAGAAUGGGCACAGAGGAGAAGCUGACUUUCAAGGACUAUUGGCCAUCAUUCUUAAUCUCAUUAUUGAGCACUCUGAGAAACUAUUUGAAAACCAAAGAUCUUAAGAAUGACUCUUAGUUAGUACAAGUAAAUGUUACUACUUUUGUUUUUUGUGGGUUUUUCGGGUUAUGUGGCCAUGUUCUAGCUGUCAGAAUCUACCUUCAUGCAGGGAUUCAGGGUGUAUUCUGCCAUAAGGAUUGUAGAGGUUAGGGAGAUGAUUAGGGAUAGUUCUAGACACGAGGGAGGUUGCAGAAGGGAGGCCAGUGAGCAAGCUCUCACACACAUAUAUAUAGAGUUACAUAGGUAGAUAGAGAUAUAGAUAUGUAAACACAUAUAUAGUAUAUAGAGAGAUAGUGAUAUAGAUAGGUCGAUAGACAUGAUGGGGAUUAGACCAACAACACUUGCAUUUAAUUAUCUCAGGGAAAGGCAUUCUGGGAAGGAGUUGCGGCCACCAUGGGAUAUGCUGCGGAUGAUCACGUAUCAGGAACUGUCAGCUGAGAGCAGCAAGCAAUUGGGGCCAUUCAGGCAGUUUUAUGAUGGAGUGAUGGUUAACAGACACCCUCUAUUCCGGCAUCCAUAGAUUUUUCAGGACAGAGGAGCUUAGGAACCAAAUGGCGCUGUCGCUAGGGCAGCUUUGAUGUAGAAUUCCUUUCUCUGGGAUGAAGGGAGGAAAGGGGGGUUGGCUAUUUGGGCAGAACAGGAGGAAAGGGGAGGGGGUCUGGGGUUUUAAAAUGUGGUUUCUAUUGGGAGUCCUUCAGAUUUAGCAAAAACGUGAUCCAGCGUAUUUCUACUUUCCUUAUAAUAAAUUUUUGUUUUUUACAAUAGUUGUUGUUAAGGUCUGGUUAGAAUAUGCAAUUCUCACACUAGCAGAGUUGGCCACAUAACCCGAAAAACCCACAAAAAAUAUGGAUGCCAGCCAUGAAAGCCUUCGACUUUACAUUACUACUUUUGUUUCAUCAGUAAUGUUUCAAGAAUGUAUUUUAGUUAGCAGACUUCUUAUAAAAACUGGCUAAUGCAAGUUCUUGUUAGGGCUUUGUAUCAGAUCCCAAUUUCCUACAAGCAGGUCUGAAUUCUUAUUUGAAGAUGCAUGCAUUCUCUAGUGCACUGAUGGAGAUAAUGCACGGUAUGUGUCCCCUGGCCCCCUUAAAAUAAUGAUAAUUCUCCAAAAUACCAGAAAAUGUAGUAUAUUUCUGAACUUCUGUCCCCAAGAACUUCUGGCUUCUCUCCCUAGCUCCUCCAAAAAAGGCCAAAAACUUCCAUUUAACAUUUUUGGUCAACGUCGCCUCUGGAGUUCCUAGAGUAUACGAGUAAAAAAACCUAAUUUUGAAGGAAAAAACACCAAUAUUUAUGCUGUGUUAGUAUGAACAAUGUGUAACAUAGUGCCUAUUUUCAUUUUAUAAGAAAUAAAAUCCUUAAAUAUA